UCAACCUUUGGCGCUCCUGUUGUUCCUCCCAAUGAUGCUUUCAGCUACAACAGCGCUCACUCUCUCACAUGUUUCCCGUCCUUCUCACCGGCAUUUAGGAUUCUUGCUUCAUCCUGGAAAGACGGUCUGUUUCCAGGAUCCGGGAAAUUUCAGGAGUGGUGUGCCUCGUUAUAGUUUCCAAACUUCGGAACUUUUGGAGAAACUUGCUUUCCUCUUUAUUGAUCUCAACUACUUUUUUUUUAUUCUCUAAAUAUAUUGGGCGGUUGGUUCUCUACCGUGAGAUGUAAUUACUGAAAGAGAAAAGAAUGUUUUCUUAACUUCGAUUUCAUUUGGAAGAAUGGGUGAAAGUAAAUUUUUAAUCACGUAGAAACAGGAGUAAAAGUAACAGAAAAGUAAUUUAUCAGCUUCGUUUAUCAUUAGAGGGAAAGAAAACAUUAGUGAUAAAAUGGAAAUAAAUCAUUAUUUAGGCAGUAUAAAGGAGAAAGUAAUUUAUCUUCUAUGUAUAGAUACCGAUACUAUCUGUGAUUAUUAAACGUUCGUCGCGUAAUACAUGAAAUACAAGUGCUUAAGCACUGAACUGACAAACGGUAUUGAUAAUAUUCAUUGUGAAUAAAACAUCAUAAUUCAAAAUUUUUGGUAUGCAUUAAUCAAACCAAAGGAUACUAUUCAACUUUAUAAAUUGAUACUAACGUCUAAACGGAUAUGAUUUUUAUUCAUGCAACAAGACUUUUUUCACAGCUGACAUUAAAUGUGUUAAUUACAUUAUUCAUCAUCUUAAUCAGCGUAACUCCAAAAGGAGAGUGCGAAACUAAUCGAAAAGAUAUAAGAGGUCCAUUCUUCAGGAAUGAACCACCGGCAAGAGUAGAAUUCUCAAAUAGCAGUGGAACAGAGAUAAGAUGUAGUGCCGAUGGCUUACCAACUCCCAAGAUAUCUUGGCAAGCCAGAGACGGUAGUUUGGUAAAGGACAUAUCAGGUUUAAGACAUUUACGUUCGGAUGGAACUUUAGUCUUUCCGCCAUUUUCAAGGUCCGACUAUAGACAAGAUGUGCAUGAUGCAGUGUAUCAAUGCUCAGCAUCGAACACAGUCGGAAGUGUCAUUAGCCGAGAAGUGCACGCUAGGGGAGUUAUGAAACAACGUUUCAACCCUCAAGUGUAUGAUGAUUUUGUAGUUCGGGGAAACACUGCUGUUCUGAGGUGCCAUUUGCCUUCGUUCGUGAGGGAAUAUGUCGUCGUCGAUUCUUGGAUUAGAAAUGAUGACCACAUUCUUAAAAUAACUGAAAAUAAAGCGAGGUCUUACACCGUUCUCAGAUCUGGCGAGCUUUUGAUCCAUGACACACAAGAAAAAGACUCGAAUUGGAGUUACCGCUGUCAGACGAGGCACAAGUUAACCGGUGAGAUGGUUACCAGUGUCAGUUCCGGUAAAAUAACAGUCACCGAGCCCCAUGCAUCAACUUUACCAAGGGUUACAUUUCAUCAGGCCCAAAUACGUUCGGAAGAAGGUGCUACAGCCCAACUUCCUUGUGUAGCACAAGGAAAUCCACCCCCAACUUACAGGUGGAUGAAGGAUGUGAAUGGAGUGUUGAGGCCAGUGAAAGAAGAUGGUCGCAUCUGGGUCAGUCAAGGGACACUAAACAUUAAAAAAGUGACCAGUUCAGAUGGUGGAAAAUACCAAUGCAUAGUUCGGAACAGUAUCGGCGAGAGGAGAAUCGAAAGUGCCCUCGUUGUUACAGCACCACUGAUGGUUCAUCUAUCUCCUUCCCACCAAGUGCUAAAUAUUGGCCAGGAAGCGACUUUUAAUUGCAAUGUGACUGGCUAUCCAAUACACACUGUGACGUGGAAAAAAGACCAGAGACCACUACCAGCCUCUACACGUGUGAGACUUCUUUCCCGCGAAGUUCUUCACAUUUUAUCAGUGAGAAGAGAAGACCGUGGAAUGUAUCAAUGUUUUGCCUUCAAUGAUGCAGACAGCGCACAAGGAGCAGCAGAGCUUAAAAUUUCAGAUGUUGCUCCGAUACUGGUUUCGGUAUUUCCUGAGCACACAGUGAAUUCCGGUGACUCUAUAUCUCUCAAGUGCAUAUCUACUGGCAAUCCCGUACCACGAGUGACCUGGUACUUAGACGAUGCAGCUAUAGGACAUGGUCCACGAGUUACAGCUGGAGAUAACGUCAGUGAUGAAGGGCACGUGAUCAGCUUUCUCAAUGUUACCGAAAUACGUGUGGAGGAUAGCGGUGAAUAUAAAUGUCACGUGAGCAAUGACGUAGGAAGUGCCUACCACUCCAAUCGUCUCAACGUGUAUGGUCCACCAUUUGUCAGACGAAUGGCCAACGUCACAGCGAUCUCUGGUGAGGAUCUGGUCAUGAGAUGUCCAUAUGGAGGUCAUCCAAUUAAAGGAAUACGUUGGUUAAAAAGUGACAAUCCUCUUCCUUUAAAUCAUCGUCAGAAAAUAAAUCACGGCGGAAGUUUGACAAUACAAAGUGUGGAACGCUUGGCAGAUGAAGGACAAUACAGCUGCAUUGUAAGGAAUAAUGAAGGAGAGACUUCGACGUCUUCGACUCAUGUCUCAGUCGUCGUUUCACCUGUCAUUGAAUCUCACUUUUUCCCGGAGAGCGUAACGGUGGAUGAAGGUUCCAGAACAAAACUUAUGUGCGUAGUAACCAAAGGAGAUCCACCCUUGAGAUUCCAAUGGCUCAAAAACGGUCUUCCCUUCCUGGCACAUGGUGACACUACAGCUCAGACAUUCGACGAUUCGUCGAUUGUCACCUUUAAGAAAGUGUCAUCCAGUGACAGAGGGCAUUACACUUGCGUUGUAUCCAACGUAGCGUCCUCGACAAACUUAACGAUGCAGCUAGUUGUCAACGUGCCACCACAAUGGACAGUUGAGCCAAGAAACCUUUCCGUUGUACUUGGCAACACUGUUUGGAUGGAUUGCGCAGCUGUUGGGUUCCCAGCUCCAAAUAUCCUUUGGAAAAAGAUGAUUUAUACAGAGAGCACUGCUGGUGAUUUCACAUACGUUCAUUCCAGCCCACGAGCUCAUCGGUUCAAUAAUGGGACAUUGGUUUUGUCUGAAGUAGAAGAAAGUGACUCAGGUUCUUAUCUCUGUCAAGCAAGCAAUGGAAUUGGAGCUGGCUUAAGUAAAAUUAUUACAAUCAAAGUAUUAGUUCCUCCAAGAUUUAAAGAUCCGUAUCAGACAAAAACAGUAACAGAAGAUUCAAACGCUACUUUGUCAUGCAGCGCAAUUGGAGAUCCUCCGAUAAUCAUUAAAUGGUUCAAAAAUAAAGCAAUAUUAGAAUCAACAGAACUAACCAGAUAUGCUAUAAAAGAAGCUACAGCCAAACUUCAGACACUUUCUGAGCUGCGUAUCUUGAAGGCGUCCCGUGACGACAGUGGAAUAUACACAUGCAACGCACUUAGUGAUAUUGGAGCUGACGAAUCUGUCAUCAAACUGAUUGUCCAAGGUGUGCCAGAUGCUCCAUCAAAUGUUUCUGUGACGAAUGUAACAAGUCGUUCAAUCAGUCUUCAAUGGGAAGUUUUGGAUAAUGGAAACAGUCAUAUCACUGGAAGUAUUGUACAAUAUCAAACCUUUUCUGAUAAGGAAUGGAAUGGUCAGACUUCUCAGCUGAUAGUUUCAAGUGCAGAAACAAGUGCAACCAUACGUGGUUUAACUCCAGUUGCGCUGUACUACAUAAGAGUGAUUGCUGAAAAUUCUUUGGGAAAGAGCAAGCCUAGUGAUAUUUUGGAGAUUACAACUGACGAAGAGGCUCCUGCGGGAGCCCCUAUGGAAGUUCAUGUUCAUUCCACUGGUGCUCAAUCAAUGAAGGUUAUCUGGAAACCGCCCCCCGAGGAGCUAAGAUACGGUGAAUUAAAAGGAUAUUAUGUUGGUUAUAGAGCCUCUUCAACAGAUGAAGUCUACACGUUUAAGCAGGUUGAGCAUUCCAGCAAUGGACAGCAAUCAACAUAUAUAACAGGAUUGCAGCCCUUCACUGAAUACGACAUUGUCAUCAAAGCAUACAACUCUGCUGGUGCCGGACCUGAUUCAAUGCAAAUAAUGGGAAAAACGUUAGAAACAGCUCCUCCUACUUCGCCCAUAGUUCAGGUAAUAUCUACUACAUUCUCAUCGAUCGAGUUUAAAUGGGAGAAAGAUGCCAAGGAUAAAUCUGCCAUAACAGAAUAUAUGCUUCAUUAUAAAACUGAUGAUGGCCAUUGGGAGCAGUUACGACUGAGCAAUAUCCAAGACCAUUACUCAUUGGGCGGUCUAAGAUGCGGUACUCGAUAUCAUCUUUAUAUGACAGCUUCCAAUAGUCUUGGUUCUGGAGAGCCUAGUGUUGAAGUAACAACCAGGACACUAGGAGCAGCACCAAUGUCACCUCAUGGCUCACAUUUCCUGUCGCCAAACACAACUUUCGUUGUAUUGAAUCUUGGAGCUUGGCAAAGUGGUGGCUGCCCCAUCAAGCAUUUCGAAAUUCAGUACCGGCCAAAAUAUAUCAGCCAGUGGUCAAAAGUUGUAGAAAAAUUGGAAAUGCCGAGAGAUGUUUAUUUUUUAAGAAAUCUUUCACCAGACAGAGAAUAUGAAGUUAUGUUAACAGCUCACAGUGACGCUGGCCUAACACAAGCAGAAUAUUCAUUUCGUACAGCCUCCCUCAACCCUCUAGCUCCUACAUCAUCUCCUGCAUUUGGAAAGAGAGAAACAGAUGUACCAUUUUAUAAAAAUGUGACCUUGGUGGUGCCCAUAGUUGUUUCCUCUCUGGUACUAGUGAUCAUUAUUUUUAUCAUAGUUGUGUGCUUAAGAAAACAUUCAGAUGAAAGAGAUGGGAGAUUAGAAUAUGAAAAUAGAAAAGAUACUUUGAUGAUGAAAGAUCUAAAUAAGCAGAUAAAUACAAAAUCUACAAAGCCAUCUCAUUAUUCUUGCCCAACUGCGAACAAGGGGGAUUAUGCUGAGCCGUACACGUGUAUAGAAUCUGUUUCUACAAGACAGCAAUCUUCUGAUGGUUUAUUUGCAACAAUUAAACGUGGUCCUUCAAGGCCUAUUUAUAUGUCUAAUUCAUAUAAGCAAGGUGCCAGCCAGAACUCUAGCUCAAGUUUCUCCAAUCGUACAGAGGGAGUCACUCAAAAGCUACCAAACCCUGAAAGUGUGGGCGGGAAUACAGACGUGGAAAAAUGGAGCAAUCAAACAAACAUCAGUCAACACAAACCUAUGCGAUGACAUUCCUCUGAGAAAUCAUCAUCAUUUUUUUUAAAUGAAUCAUCAAAACUGUUAUUAUAUUGAGUGAGAAUGUUUGGAAAAAUCCCUGCCAAAACCGAAUUUUUACUCUAGUCAAUCAAAAUAUUUAAAAUUGUUGUUAUAAAUAAAUGUCUUUUGAUA